AUGGACACUAACAAUCUUAAUAGUUUGGCCUCUGAAAGUGAUUCAGAGAGCGGUGGCAGCACCAGCCAACCCACCAACAGCCUGAGGGACAAUCCUAACAAAAGGAAGGUCAGCACCGACCAGGAGUCACCCAGGAAAAGUCGGAGGAGUGUAAGAAAACCCACUGAGGAGGCAGCUGAGGCAAAAGGCACCAAGAGGAAGGCCACUGAAACAGAGACACCCAGUAAGAGGCAGAGGGAUGGAAAUACAGACGCUGACUCCAGCAACAGCAUCGGUGAAUCAAACAAGGUGUCAGUGAACGUCACAGAGGCCGGUGAUGAUUUCGAGGACAAAUACCUGCAGCUGGACAAGCUCGGAGAAGGAGGCUUCGGAUCAGUUUACGCUGGCAAAAGAAAAACUGAUAAUUUACCGGUGGCAAUCAAACACGUCCCUAAAGCAGAUGUGGAGAGUCGACCAAUGGUCCUAAAUAGGAGGAUCCGCAUGGUCCCCAUGGAGGUGUUCCUCAUGCUGAAAGCGGCAGGUGGACCAGAGUCGGUGGGCACAUCUGCAGCCGUGUCAUUAUUAGACUGGUAUGAACGAGAGCAGGAGGUUCUUCUGGUCAUGGAAAGACCACUCCCCUGUGUGGACCUGCUGGAAUACCUACAGGACAACGACGGGCCCCUGGAGGAAGACGUGGCGAAGAACAUCAUGAGGCAGCUGGUGGAGGCAGCCAGAGAAAUGCAUUCGAAGGGAGUCUUCCAUCGUGACCUGAAAUCAGAAAACAUUCUGAUAGAAACCAGCUCCGACGGCCCUCGAGUGCGGAUCAUAGACUUUGGAUGUGGCUGCGUUGUGAGGAGGAGACCUUACCGCUCCUUCUCUGGAACCUCUGCCUACGCUCCUCCAGAGUUUUACAUGGAUGGGACGUACGAGGCCGGCCCCACCACAGUCUGGCAGUUGGGGGCACUGCUCUAUGAAAUGCUGGAUGGAUUCAAACAGUUCUUCACCCGCAAGUUCCUCCGCAAGGGAAUUAAAAUCAGCGGCAGGCUGUCCCAUGACUGCCAGGAUUUCUUGAAGAUGUGUUUGGUUGUAAUCCCUGAGGAGCGCACCACUCUGGACCAGAUCCACCUUCACCCCUGGUUCACAUGAUCCUGCACUACCUGUAAUUGCACUGGGUCUGGAAAAGUACAGUGCAUUCAAAAUAGUUCAUAAUAUAUAUAUACAUUUCCCUCAAAAGUGAAUUUAAAUGAUUUCAGCAUAAGGUUGCAACAUUAAAGGGGGUGUGAAUACUUUCUGA